GCCUUCAGUCCGUCAGUCCGACUGAGCUCAGCUCUUGUCAGUGGCCCCUAGUGGAGCUGUUGCUGCUGCUGCUGCUGCCGCUGCUGCUGAGCAUGUGCUCGGCUGCUCCACUGGAGAGGAGGGACGCUUCCCAUCAACACACAGGUUGCAGACAUGGAUCGCUGAGCGGCUCCGACUCCAGAGCGCUGUCACCGAACUGUUAUUCAUCCCUGCAUCAUGGAGGCUCGGCCUGGUGCAUCAUGGGAACUCAUCAGUGCUUUGACAGAUACAAUAUAUGAAGGCUGAGAGGUCGCCAUGGAGACUGACAGCUACACCUUGGACCCAGCCACCACUGAGUGGCCUGGGACGGUGGCCGGCCUGGAGGGAGUCCUUCAGGAGCAGGGAGGAGGGGGCUCGGCCAGCAGCCCGGCAUCAGGGUACGCACCAUACUCGCUAAGCUUCCAGGUGUCGCUCACCGCCUUCCUCAUGCUCGAGCUGGUGUUGGGUUUCAGCAGCAACCUGACGGUGCUGGUGCUCUACUGCUCUCAAUCAAAUUUGGUGGACUCGGUGAGCAAUAUGGUGACCGUCAACCUGCAUGUGCUGGAUGUGGUGGUGUGUGUACUCUGUCUGCCCCUCACUCUGGUGGUUGUUCUGCUGCCUCCGGGACCAAACCUGGCCCUGCUCUGCUGCUUCCACGAGGCCUGCGUCACCUUUGCCAGCAUAGCUACGGCCAUCAACAUCCUGGUAAUCAGCUUGGACCGAUAUGACAUCUCAGUGCGGCCGGCCAACAGACUGUUGACCACACGCAGAGCAACACUGCUCCUGGCUGCCGUUUGGAUCACCUCGGUCGCUGUGUUUUUUAUCCCGUUCUUGGAGGUGGAGUGGUCCAGUGGAGUAGGAGAAGAGGAGAGAGGGCAAGUGACGCCCUCGUCCUUACAUGCUUUCAGCGCCAUGGUGGUGCCAACCUGGCGAAACCAGACACUGCUGUGCGUUGGCGAGCAGGGCUUCCACACAGGCCUGGGUAUGCACUACCAUCUUAUCCUGCAGGUGCCCAUCUUCUUCACCACUGUGGCAGUGAUGCUGUUCACCUACUCCAGAAUACUGAGGGCUUUAAAUAUCCGCAUCGGCUCCCAUAUUAAGAGGGGCCAGCGGUUCAGGGGGCACCACAAGAGACAGAAAAAAAAGAGGGCGGGGCUCAGAAUGACUGACGGAGGGGAGGUUGGACGGGAGCAGUGCACCACAGACGGUACCAAACAGCUCAGCCAUCCUCCCCUCAUCCCUUCCCCCUCCCCGACCCCCACUGCUACCUCCCCCCCUGCCCUGUCCUCCUCUGCGCCACUCGUCACACCCGACACAGGCGCUGCAACCGCCAUGCCCACCACUAUGGGCGUCCAGGCAUCCGUGUCAGCUAUUAUUGCUCUGAGGCGUGCAGUGCGGCGACACAGGGAUCGGCGAGAGCGACAGAGGCGGGUGUUCAGGAUGUCCCUCAUCAUUAUCACCACCUUCCUGGGCUGUUGGGCUCCGCUCUCUGUGACCAACGUGCUAAUCCUGGGCAUUGGCCCCAGCGACGCCCUGGUCAGCUUACGCCUCUGGUUCUUAGCCCUGGCUUACGGCACCACCGUUUCCCACCCUCUACUCUACGCCUUCACCCGACAGAAGCUGCGUCGUGCCCUCCGCGCAAAAGUUAAAAAGAGGGUGGUAUCGCUGCUCCAGGUUGACCCGUCACCCGGGGGCACCGUCAUACACAACUCCUGGGUGGAGAACAGAAAAACCAGCCGACAGGUGCGGCUGGAAGCGAGCGAAGGUACUGACCGCUGCCUGGCAGAGGUCCUGUGAGACUGACACGCAUAGGCCGGGCAAUAAUUAAAAGCCAGUCAAAGGUGUGUUUCAUUAAGAAACUCACUGGUGCGUGAAGCCAGUGUAAGAUAUGUGAAAAACACAUUUCCACCUCUGGGAGAUGUUUUAAUGUAACCACCAGCAGCAAGCCCAUGCUAAACACAGCUAACAUAGACCUCAGGCAGCAGCGAGAGCAGGAUGCUGUCACCACUGCGGUGCACGCAGCAUCUGAAGAAAAUCACACAACA